AUGAAGUUCACCGCUGUCGCCGUCCUCGCCUUCGCCGCCGUUGUCAUUGCCGCCCCCGAGGCCACCACCACCACCACCACCUCCACCUCCACCGCCACCACCACCUCUACCAUUCCCUCCGCUACCCACGUUAACGGCACUGCCACCACUACCACUACCGUCCCCAAGCCCACCGGCCCCGCCGCCAACACCACCAGCCCCAGCACCACCACUACCCCCAGCCCCGGCAAGUCUGCCGCCAACUCCAUGGCCGCCAACGGUGCCAUGGUCGCCGCCGCCGGUUUGGCCGCUGCCCUCGCCAUGAUUGUUUAA